GACACUGAUUAGCGUGUUCAGGUGUGUUUGAUUAGGGUUGGAGAUAAACUCUGAAGGAAAGUGGCCUGGAAUGGCAAAGUUGGUCCAUCCCUUUUUCAUUUUAUUAAAUGCACAGUUUUAUAUUUCUCCUACUUUCAAUAUUAAAUUGAAAACAAAUGAAUGCAAAUUACAUGGACCUGGCUAGAGAUGCUGGAAGAGACUUCUACAGGACUUCAUGAGUGAAUUCAUACAAUGAUCAUGAGUAUUCAGAGCUAUAUUCACUGAAUGCAGAGCUUUAUAACCUUAUUUUAUGGGAUGUGAAUUACACAUGUGCAUUUUUGUCUUACAGCACUUGGCAUCUUUAAAAUGGAACAAACUGAAGGUUUAAAUGUGGUGCUUCUGGGAAAAACAAGAGCUGGGAAGAGUGCAUCAGGAAACACAAUCCUGGGACGAAAAGCUUUCCUCUCAAAGAAAAGCUCCAGAUCUGUCACUCGAGAUCUUGCUGUUGAAUCUGGAUCAGUUGGUAUCUUUCCAGUCACUGUUUAUGACACACCAGGAUUCACUGACACAGAUAUGAGUGAAGAUGAGAUUCAGAAGAUGAUAAAUGAAGAGGUUCUUCAGAGAUGUGAAUCAGGUCCCUGUGUGUUUCUGCUGGUCAUCAAAGCUGACCGAUUCACUGAAAAAGAGAGAGAAACUGUGGAGAAGAUCGAGAAACUGCUGGAAGUCGAGCGCCUGAAGAAAACCUGGAUCCUCUUCACCAGAGGAGAUGAACUGGAGGAUGAAAACAUGACUAUACAAGAAUUCAUCAAUGAAACUGAAGAGCUGAAGAACCUUGUUCAGAAAUAUGAUCAGAGAUACCACGUGUUCAACAACAAGACGAAAGGACAUACUGGACAAAUUCAAGAGCUUCUUAUAAAAAUAUUUAAGCCACACAUGAACAGUUUGGGUGAGUGUUUUAUACAAAUAUAUAUAAUUCCAUCUCUCAUCAGACGGCUUGUUCUUCUGGGUAAAAGUGGAGUUGGGAAGAGUGCAGCUGGAAACACAAUCCUGGGACGGAGAGAGUUCAUAUCUGUUCAGAGAAUGAAUUCAGUUACCCGUGAAUGUUCAGAAGCACACGCCACUGUUUCAGGCAGAUCUGUGUCUGUAGUAGAUACUCCUGGAUUCUUUGACACACAGAUGAGACCUGAAGAGUUAGCUGAGGAGAUAGCCAGAAGUGUGUAUUUAUCCAGUCCUGGACCACACGCUUUUCUCAUUGUGUUUCCUGUGAAUAUGAGAUUCACCGAAGAGGAGCAGAAGAUUCCUCAGAUGAUUGAGAUGAUGUUGGGUCAGGAGGUGUUUAAAUACUCCAUCAUUCUCUUCACUCAUGGAGAUCUGCUGGAAGAUGAGCCCAUAGAGGACCUCAUUAAGGAGAACAGGAGAUUAAGACAUCUAGUUCAGCAGUGUGGAGGCAGAUAUCACAUCUUCAACAACAGAGAUCUGAAUAACAGAGAGCAGGUGAAUGAUCUCCUGCAGAAGAUUGACUCAAUGAUAGAGCAGAAUGGAGGAGGACACUACAGUAACCAGAUGUACGAAGAUGCUCAGAGAUUCAGAAGAGAGGAAGAAGAGCAAAGAAAACAACAAGAGGAGAAACAAAUACAAGAGGAGAUUGAGAGAGUGAGAAAAGAGAUGGAGGAGAGAGUCAGAGCAGAGAUAAAGAGCAGAAGAGAGGAGAAACAAAAAGAGAACUGUGUCUGUAGUUGAUACUCCUGAGUUCUUCAGCACUUCCAUUAAAUGCUGAUGGGUGAAUGACUAAAAGAAGAGAAAGCCAUAGCAGAGGCAGACAGGAGCAGAGCUCUGCAUCAUUUAUCUUUCACACUGGAGACAGAGAGAGAUGAAGAAUAAAGACCAGGAGAGAGAGAGAAAGAUGAACGGAGGAGCAGUAAGAGAGCUGCUGAAGAACUACAGAGCAAUGCAGAAUAAAAGCGUGUCAUGCAGCAGAACAGCUGGAAAUGAACAGCUUCCUCCAGCGGAUGAGACACAAGAGAUCUGAGGCAGUCCGGUAGAACUCAAGUGUGCAGAAGGUGAGAGGAAACAGAUCUCAAGCUGAAAUAAGAUGCAGCUUCAUCCUGAGAAUCAGCUCUGAUCAGAUCUGAUGGGAAGGAAUCUCAAACGGUCAUCAGCCUGAGCUUUUCACAGUGUUUCUCAUCAACAUUACUGCAGUGUAACACAACCAGAGUCUGAGCGACUGAGAAGAUGCUUGUUUGAUCGCUGAUCUAAACACUGACCGCUGUCUGUUUUCUUGUUUUUAAUCAGAAUAAUGACUUACAUGUUUACAAGUGAACUUACUUGUUUAGUUUUAAUGGAUGAAGCUAAAAUAUCAAUGGUGUUAGCAAUAAUAGCAUUACUGUUAGCAUUUUUAUCAGGCUCCUAUAUUUAUGUUCAGUUAUUUCACUUAAUUGUGUAGAAAAGGACCUGUACAUUGAUAUUAGAGUAAAAUAACUGAACCUAAACAGAGGAGCAUGAUAAAAAUGCUCAUUUUAGAAGAACAACUGUGUUGUUUAGUACAUUUAAGAUAUUGUGAAAUUUUUUGUUUUAUUUAUUUUGUGAUUUUAUAUGUGUGUGUAUAUAGUUAGUAUUUAUUUUUAUAUAUAAACCCUUG